AUGAUGCAACUUAGGUCCAAACAGAUCGCAUUGCGCACGCUCGCACGGUUAUUCACAAACUACGCACGGAUUGGCCAAGCAGCAUGCGAGGGACGGGCGCCCCCCGAGGGGGACGAACGGAGGAAGCUAUCCCUAGGGAUGAACUUCAACAACAUUGGAAAAAACAAACUGCUUUACUUAAUGAAGAACAUGCAACUGGUGAAUCUAACCGAGAAGGAAAUACUCAACACAGUCUCAACUUUGCUCAGCAAUUACACAAAUCAAAUGACGACAUGUGAGAUGGGAUUUGUCGUACACACAUUUUGUAAGCUAAAGUUCGUUAAGUAUUCUUUGUAUAGCAAAAUUGUCAAAUCAAUUUUGAGUAGGAAGCCUGUGUUCAAUGACAUGAGGACGUUGACUCAGCUUAUUAUAGACCUACACAAGAUGGGUUCUCUCGACUUUAACACGUUAACAUUCUUCACGCAACAUUAUGUUAAAGGUUCUCUCCGUAUGUUUUCUCUUUUCGAUCUGUCCAUGAUUUUGUACGUCUACAACAAGCAUAGUUACAACGAUGGGGAGACGGUUCGCGAGAUUUGCGGCAUCAUCGAGGGUUUUUUCAUGCCGAUAGUGAGUCAGGACAAAGGAGUCCUGACGACCAUCCUGCUCAGCCUCUCCAUGCUACAGCUGAACCGGGACCUGUACAUGACCCUACUGCACCAGCAUGUCUAUAAGAAAUACACCGAGUUUGAAGCCAAGUAUCUGUGUAAUAUUGUUUACUCCGUGGCUCUGUGGCUGGUUGGAGAUGGCGAGGAGGUCGAUUUGUUAAAAGGGGAGUCCGUCCACCUGCCACGUGACCCCUCGACUGAUGUCCUAGAGGAGGUCUUGCGAGACGUCACGGCGCUGCUGCUGCAAAAUGUGAACGUGUUGAAGAACGAGGAGCUCAAGCAGAUCCACAUAGUGCUGUACCUCCUGAGGGAACUCGGGGGGGACUACGAACAAGCCAUAGACGUGAUCGAAAGAAAAAAAAUAAAAAACACAUUAACAGUGUCCAAGAUGCAGAAGCAGCUGGAGAAGCUGCUCAAAGAAAUGGGUCUUAAGGCGGACCGCGAGUUCCCCGUAGGCCCUUACGUCCUCGAUUUCGUUUUGCAGAAAAAGCGGACCUGCAUCGAAGUCAAUGGGUUCACGCACUACUACACCUUCGGCGGGGAACUGAACGCGAAGAGCAGGCUGAAGUACUACCUCCUUCGUAGGCUCAACUGGAAGGUCCUCACGGUGGAAUACACAAGCUGGAAGAACAAGUCCAAGGAGGAUAAGAUGGAGUACCUCGAGGAGAACAUCCUGAGCAGGAUAGGCUGA